CUUUUUUUCUCUUACUCUUUUUGGUUCCUUCUGGUAUCACAAGCUCUCUUCGGUCAAGGUAAGUUUUCUAUAAAGCUUACUCAGUAAGGCGAUGAUUGUGUGUUCAAGGAUUUCUAUGCAAUCUCUUUCUAUGAUGCUCAACACAUGCCCUGGACUGACAACGGUCGUUCGUUUCAUCACUCAGCUGGAGGCUUUCAGGCAGCCAAAAGGAGAGUUAUGGACAUUCGAUUGGAAUCUUUACAGGGAGCUAACUAACUAUCUGGGAGCUAGUUAUCUGAGAUCACAGCUGUGACAGAUUGUUGGUGCUUCUUACUGUUUAGCUGGCGCGAAGGGGUACAU